AUGGUUCGUCUUCUACUCCAAUUUAAAGCGGAACUCGAGAAUGUCACGGAUCUGAAACCGGCAGAUGAGAACUUCAACUGGUUCUUCGAGGCAAUGCACCCCAAGUAUGUGUCCAUGACCCGUACAGAGGAAAUGGCUGUGUCUGGAGGCAAGGGCAGCACGGCGAACUUUGUCUGGCGCUGCGGUAUGUGCCUCACAUCACUUCCCAAUAUCCGAGUAGAUCGGGAAAGCUCGGCCAAGUUUGAGGUGGCGAAUCCAGUGCAACCCUAUACCGCCGAGUCCAGUGGCCAAUUCGCGCCUUUGGUCACCGUAGAUUGCAGAGGGCUCGAAUUCAUCAAUUUUGAUCCCCGAGGGGUCUGGACUUGCAAAGGAGCAGAAUCUGGUACUAUUUUCCCCGAAGUCCCUCUUGAUGAACGCGAGUGGACCGAUUACGACGAAAAGAAAGCUUGCCCAGUCGGGAUCAUGGAAAUUGAGAGCAAAUGGGUUCGCGCACCCUAA